GUAGUUUUUUUGCUGUGACAUUCAUGUGGCCAGGGACCAGCUGACACUUGGAUUUUUUGCAGUUACGUUUUCACGUUCUUCCACUGGGGAGGUGGAAAUUGGGGAGAGAGGGGAGGGGGGAAAGGAGGGGGCAUCUGACAGUUAAGUUUUCCUAUGAAGUGCAUGUUCUUCCUCUGGUUGGGGAAUCACAAAAAAGGCAAUCUGGUAAUGGGUCAUCAGACAGGUUGAAUGAUUGGUAGUGGCACACCGGUGUGUUAUGUAAGAGAGCACGUCGCAUGAGAAGGCACUUGGUCUGGCUUCAGAAAAUCAAGGAGGAGCAAGAAGACUGCUGGGCGGCAAAAGUGGUCAUGGCGCAAUGGAGGGGAAGUCGUCCUGCGCCAGGUCGACACUGUCCUGGCACGAGUGUUGAGGCCUCCAUGUCUGCUGCUGCAGAAAUCUGCUCCUUUCUGUUCACUCUUGCAUCGGAAGAUAUUGCACGCUCAUCAGCCACAAUGUCACAUCACACAGGCCUUUGCUUGCAGUAGUAUGUUUGGCGGACGAAGGCCACUACCACUCGGAUGAACGAGGGUGUGCUACUGCCUCGCCGUUCGAAGUCGGGCAUCAGUUUGCGCAAGGGGGGGAGUUCAGGAUCUUCAAUUCUGUCCAUCUCUCUCUCUCUCUCUCUCUCUCUCUCUCUCUCUCUCUGUGUCAAAUCUCCUGCGAAACAGCUUCCAGCUGGAAGGUAAACAGGUAGGCUCGCCUGGAAAGCCCAGAGGCGACAGGGGGAGGCAAAGCCGCCGUCUGAGCAGGAAGUUAGUUGCUGAUCAUCCAUUGCCAAGGCAGCUAGAAGCUCGUGAAGAUGGUGCACAGGAGGGUGUGUGAUGAAGGGGGAGGAGGCGGAAGAGAACCUGCAUCGUUUGCAGUAAAUCGAAUCUCUUCUUGGAAAGUGAAAAUCAGGUAGGUUUGGUUUGGUUGGAACACGCAUAUAGAGAUUUUCCUGCAAAAGGUAGGUCGAGUCUGUCAGCAAGGGAUCAUGUUGUGAUUCGGUCCUUGCUUCCCUGAGUCCCCUCUGCUUUGCAGCAGCUGCCUCCGGAUCCCCUUCUCGCAUCCAAUAAUCUGUUCAAUAGGGGUCGACACUGACCCUUACUCUGAGUCUCGCUUUUACUCUCAUUUUGGUCAUCACAACCACAGACUUGCUGAUCUAACGGCUCCUCUUAUCAGUACAGAACGUUGUUUACACCCCCUCCCUUUCUGUCUGCUCUCACUGUCUCACUCUCAGACUCCCCCUCCCCCCCCCCCCCCCCCCCCCCACACACACACGCACACAGAGUUACACACUUCUUUUCUGGACUAGUAUUUAGUGGAUACAAAGCAAGCACACUGACUUCCACCCACACACCCUUCCACCCACGCACUCCCGGACACGUAAGGGGACAACGUUGCAGCGUUUGACUAUUGUCGCUGCUUUGCGACACUAUCUGAGUCUAUCUCGUUGUUGUUGCCUUUGAUAAUUUGGGGCGUUUGUUGGGAAGAGAUGGAGGGGAGGUUUGGUGCUCUGUUUAAAUGUGCUGCAGCAGCUGCGUGGAUGGCGCGCAGCCGUCCUCCUGCUCCUGCUGGUGGACCGCUAUUACUGGGGUAUGGAUGGGGAGCAGGUGUUGGCUCGGGUGGCAGGACGGGGAACAUGGGUAGCCGGCCUUGUUAUGGAAUGGUGCGAAGCUGCUCGUUGGCGUCUUCUCCUCCUCUCAGGGAUCCUUCGGGAAGCACAGAGGGUGCCACACAGCGGUUCGAUGCAGAGCGCGAAAGACGGCUUCAAGAGAUGGCGAGGGCACAAGGAACAUGUGGACAAGGUUCGUUCCUUCUGCGCAUCUUUCCGCCGGCGCCAGGGCAGCAUAUGGCCAGCGCACCGUGUUCCUCUGCGAGUCCUUCUCCUCCUUCGCCAUCGUCAUCGCCUUCUUCUUCUCCUUCUGAAUUUCUUCAGCACAGAGUCAGCAGUCAUCUGUCUGCGUCAACUUCUGUUGCAGCUUCGCAGGAUGGCGUGAAUAUGCUCUAUCAUCACCAUCAUAUUUUUGAUGCGGAGAGAGAGCGUCGGCUACAGGAAAUGGCCCGAGCUCAUGCCAUGCCCUCGUUGGGUCCGUUUGUGCGGAGAGUGUUUCCUUCCUUCCCCUCUCCUCCCCACAUGAUCGUGCAACCUCCUCCUCCUUGUAGUGCUGGUCCCUGCAGCCCCCCGACGUCAGCAGUGAAUGGCAGUCCUUUCAUUGCCACCCCCUCCCCUCCCCCUCCUUGCUCCUCCCCCGCCUCUAACUCCAGCCCUGCAGAAUUCUUGCAGCAAGCAAGGGUGAGCAGCACCGGUCUCAUGCCUGCCUCUACAGCAUCCGCUGCUGCACUGGCUCUCGAGGAAGUCCACGAUAUUGUUGAAGGCGAUGUUUCCUCCAUUCUCGUCGACUCGUACGGUCGCAAACACACAUACCUUCGCAUUUCCUUGACUGAGAAAUGCAACCUUCGGUGUAAGUACUGCAUGCCUGAGGAGGGAGUGGAACUUACGCCGAGCCCCGAGUUAUUAACCACGGAAGAGAUAGUCCGGUUGGCGAGCAUCUUCGUCGAUGCUGGUGUGAAUAAGAUCCGCUUAACUGGCGGCGAACCCACCAUUCGGAAGGACCUGGAGGAAAUUUGUGCACAGCUUACAGGGCUGGAUGGGUUGAAGACCCUUGCCAUGACCACGAAUGGGGUGGCCUUGUCGCGGCGUCUGGAAGGUCUGCAGGUUGCUGGGCUCAGCCAGCUCAACAUAAGUCUGGACACUAUGGUUGAUGAAAAGUUUGAGGUGCUGACUAGGCGGAAAGGACUCUGUAAAGUUCUCCGAUCUAUUGAGACGGCAUUGGAGCUGGGCUAUGAUCCCGUGAAAAUAAACUGUGUGGUAAUGCGCGGAUUCAAUGACGACGAAAUUUUGGACUUCGUAGAACUAACCCGAGAGAGGCCGAUAAAUGUGCGCUUCAUAGAGUUCAUGCCCUUCGAUGGGAACGUCUGGAAUUCCAAGAAAAUGGUUUCCUAUGCGGAAAUGAUUUCCAUCGUCCGGUGUCACUACCCGAACCUCUACAGACUCCGAGACAAUUCGUCCGACACGGCCAAGAACUUUCAGGUCGAGGGCUUCAAAGGCAGCGUCUCGUUCAUCACCUCAAUGACUGACAACUUCUGCAGUGGCUGCAAUCGGGUGCGCCUCAUGGCAGAUGGCAACCUCAAGGUCUGCUUGUUUGGGCCCGCAGAGGUUAGUUUGCGGGACGCCGUUCGCUCGUCCAUUCCUGAUGAGGGCAUUAGGCACAUCAUUGGGUGCGCGGUUAAAAGGAAGAAGGCUUCCCACGCCGGCAUGUUUGAGAUUGCCCGCACGCAAAAUCGGCCCAUGAUCCACAUUGGGGGCUGACGGAGUAGGGACUGUCUGCUGUCUGAUGUGGAUGAUGGUUCUCAAAACUGCCAAGGCAGGAUGUGCAUGAGUGUGUGUGCAAUUUUUUGCCGCAGUUGUGUUGGGUAUGUGUUUGUGUAUGUGUGUGUGUUUGUGUGAGAGUGAGACAGAGGGGGGUGGGAGAAACGGGUGGGCAGGGGGGACUAUAAGCGGGGAAAGGUCGCGAGUCCCGAGGUGGGGCAGUUUUUGGUAGACGAGUGGGAAAGGUUUGCAAGCUCAACUGGGGGCAGUCAUGGGAGGGGCCCCGCCAGGGCCGCCAUUUUUCAAUUCAACUCCAUUAGACCCAUGAAUGGCAAUUGUCAUUCCUUGGAAGUUUUCGGCAUUUUGUUACUCAAUUUUGUAGUUGAGAGUUAUUUGGACUCUUUUGGAGGUGUGUGUGUGUGUGUGUGUGUGUGUGUGUGUGUGUGUGUGUGUGAGAGAGAGAUAGAUGGAUAGGUAGAUAGAUAGAUAGAUAGAUAGAUAGAUAGAUAGAUAGAGAGAGAGAGAGAGAGAGAGAGAGAGAGAGAGAGAGAGAGAGAGAGAGGCGGUGGUGCAAAUGGGGAGGGAGGUGUUUAGAGAAAUAGAGGCACAGUGACCACAGUCAUUGUCCUGCGGAGAAUGGUGUGAUAGCUUCUGCAGGACGAAAUGGAAAUGUCACAGUGGUGAACUGAAGGAAUUGGACUGCAAUGCAGCCAGCAAACCACAUGUGGUUUUAGAGUCCCAGACAGCUAUGAGAGAGGAGAGAGGAGAGACGUUAGGAGAAACAGAGUUUUGUAGAUGUGCCGAAAACGUAGGUGAUGUGUCAAGAGGAGCACCCACUCAGUGUUGCAAAUCGCAUAUCACCCCCACAGUUUUGUUGUUGGGGGUUUGGGGUGGAAAGAGAGGAUGAUAGACUGUCGUUGGUGUAUGUUUCACUUCUUUGUUCUCGUCCUUCAAGUUGAUGAUGGUAUUCUUCCUCCUUGUUGGUGAGGUGGUCUUGCCAGUCAGCUUGCUUCCUUCCUCCGUGUCUUUGAAGACUUUGAAAAUCCUCGAAAGGAGUUUUUUGUCCGAAUUCUGCUCUUGGUCUAGUUGAUAGUUUCUGUUCGUGUGAAAGGAGUUUUCUAGAGUUGAGGACUUGGGUUCAUAUAUCAGCUCCUGCCCGCGGGGUGGUCGGGGUGAGGGGGGGGGCGGGCUUAUCUCCAAAGAACCGCCAGGAAAGGGCAGCUGUCUGCUCCGUUUUGGCCGCUGGUACGGUGCCCGUCUGGAAACCGCAAGGCCAAGACGCGUCACACAUCAUGACUCGCUGUUCCGUGUAACCGUGUUUGUUACUUCUAUUGUUUGCUUGUCGGGGCGGUGUGUCGUGUCAAAGGAUCCUUUUAUUGCUGAAAAGAGGAUCUCGAGACUCGCGUAAGUAGCGUAGGGUGCGUAUGCAUUUGCGGCCACCAGUUUCUUCAGAGCACAGCUGCGCAGGUCUUGUCAGCUGCAACAGUCGGUCUCUGCCUCUGGCCUUCUCGUCUCCUCCGCUUUCAGUUACUGUUUCAGUCCGAACUUGCGACUUCAUUGAUAGACGCUUGGGCAGCCACAGCUGGAAACGACGUCACCGCCGAAAGAUCAAGCAGCAGCAAAAGCUGGUACUUAGAAAGGGGAACUUGAAGGAAAUCUUGAGGUGCAGUGUGCCAUGGCCUGGUGCACUCUCUUCACCACUUGUGCCCCACAGUGUGGCCUCGUCAUGCAGUUCUUCUGCAGCAGAAUCUGCACUAAGUCUUCUUUUGCUCCAAAAAUUUGCUUCUUUCUUUCUUUCUGCUUUUGGCUUUUGGCUGGAGUUCGAUUUCCAGCCUCAAGACUCGAGAGGCAAACCGUCUGGCAGCCUCGUUCCUGGGACAGUUGGACCUGGGAGGCUGGGAGAUGUGUUGGGUCCUCAGCUCGUUCUCCUCCGUUCGUUUCAGGUCCGUCUCCGUCAGAGUCCUGAUCUCUGAUCCUGCAGCCCUUUCCCGCCGUCUUUCCUCGAGCCGUCUUGUCGAUGCAGAUUCGUUGCAGAACAAGUCCGACUCGAUGUGUGGCAAAUGGGGAUGCAACGGAGUUUCUAAAAGAAUUGAGUCUUUGUGAUUUUUGUAGCUGAACUUGUGACGUUCUUGUAGCCGAAUUUGUGACGUUCUCGUAGCCAAACUUGUGACGGUCUCGUAGCCGUAAUGAUGUGUAUAGUUUGCAAUAAGAAGAAGAAGCAAUGUACAUGUUCGGUGAAGGGAGGUGGCUUUGCCUCAACCUCCCACGAAGCUCAGCCUUGGCCCUUUUAUCAGGAUGUGAGUGUUGUACCAUUAUCCUGAGCAAGGAAAAAUCAUUUGAAUUCUGGCAAUCAAUCAGGAAAGCAAUU